AUGUGUUCUUCAUGUGCGAUACAUGACCUAAAAGUGACGCUUGUGUGGUUCGCACCUGCUUUUGUUCAACAAAUGUACAAAUUGGCGCAUGGUGGCUUUUCACAGUUAGAGACAAUUCGGCGGGAAUUAUCACGAAGAAAAGAAGAAUCUGUUCAGAUCUAUAACCUAUCAUCAUGUAUACGCUAACAGAAGGAGCAUUAGACAAUAUAAUGAACGGCAUAAAUGUAGAAAACCCAAUACUGCAGGUAUUGGGUUAUAAAAAGCUACCAAGUACGAGCACAAAACCAAAUGAUCGAUAUCGAUUGCUCGUCUCUGACGGGAAACAUAUGAAUUCCUUCACAAUGUUAGGAACAAAUUUGAAUGAAUAUAUAUAUGAAAAUAUUCUAACCGAAUAUUCCAUUUGUCAANUAACAAAAUAUGUAUUGAGCACAGUCACAAAUGGUGGAAAAGAGAAGCAAGUAUUGCUGAUCUUAGAUAUAAAAAUGGUAGCCUCUGGUAGCAAAGUCGGAGAGAAGAUAGGCAAUCCAACUACCAUGGAAACAGCCAUGAAGAAUUCAAAUCAUCAAGCCUCUUCUGACAUAGCUACUACACCUAUCGCAGCAUUAAGUCCCUAUCAAAACAGAUGGGUGAUCAGA